AUGGACUCGACACAUCCCACCGCCGGUUGGGAGCAGGUCGGCGAUCGCUUUUACCGCAAGACACAGCUCUACACGGCCGUCUUCGAUCGAGACUUGGAUCUAGACAAUUUCUUUGUCGCCGGAGCCCCUUAUGGCGGCGCCGUAGCACUUUACCGUGAUGAGUCCAAAAUCCUGGCUUAUCGCACUGGCAAAUCGUCCAAGCCCAGUAUAGACAUCUACAGCUGCGCAGGGAAGCUGAUCAAGAGCAUACCUUGGGAACACGGGUCCAUAAAAGGACUUGGCUGGUCAGAGGAUGAGAAGCUCUUGGUCGUGACGGCGGAUGGCGUUGUACGGUGCUACUACGAUCUCCAAGGCGACUUCACUCAGUUUUCCUUGGGUCACGGGGCAGAGGACCAUGGCGUGCAGUCCUGCAAAUUCUACGAAUCAGGGCUCGUGGCUUUGCUGUACAACAACUCCUUAAUCUCGGUAUCUUCAUACAACGAGCCGCGUCCCAAAGCCCUGGCCCAGCCUCCGGAGGGAGAGGUACACUCCUGGACAAUCAUACCGCCCAGCUAUACCCUAUCCCGUUCUGUGGAGGCGUUACUCAGUAUCGAAGAGACCGUAUACAUGGCGGACGCUACAGAGGUGGAAGACCGCUUCCUAGAUCUGGGUCCAUUCACACACCUUGCCGUCUCGCCAAACGGAAAGUUUGCAGCCCUGUACACAAAUACCGGCAAGGUCCAUGUCAUUACGAGUGACUUUCAGAACCGCUUGACCGAAUACGAUUCCAGAUCACGAAUUCCUCCGAAAUACGUGCAAUGGUGCGGGAAUGAUGCCGUUGUCAUUGCCUGGGAAGACGAGGUUCACGUUGUUGGGCCAGGAGGUGCUGUGGCCAAGUUCUUUUAUGAAGGAAGGGUGCAUAUUAUCCAGGACCAUGACGGUGUUCGUGUCCUCACAAAUGACGUCUGUGAUUUACUUCAAAAAGUGCCAGAUGUCACGGAUGAGGUGUUUAGAUUCGGAACCGAGUCUCCUGCUUCGAUCCUGGUGGAUGCUGUUGCUCAGCUGGAUAUUCAAUCCCCGAAAGCUGAUGACAACAUCCAGCUCAUUCGGUCCAACCUUGUCGAAGCUGUCGACACCUGCGUUAAUGCCGCCGGGCAAGAGUUCAGUAUUCACUGGCAAAAGCAGCUGCUCAAGGCCGCCUCGUUUGGCAAGUCUGUGUUGGACAUAUACAACAGCGAUGACUUUGUCGACAUGUGUGAGACGCUGCGGGUCCUCAAUGCGGUGCGCUUUUACGAGGUUGGACUACCUAUAUCAUACGAUCAAUUCCAACGUUUGACCCCCGAAGGAAUGAUCAGCCGUCUGCUCAAUCGGCAUGAGUAUUUGCUUGCCCUUCGCAUAGCGGGCUAUCUUCGGUUACCUUCUGACAAGAUCUAUGUUCACUGGGCGUCAUCAAAAGUCCGCACGGGAUCCGAAGACGAUGAAACCAUUUGCCGCCUUAUAGUUGACAAGCUCUCUGGCAAGCCUGGCAUAUCUUUUGAGGCCAUUGCGCGCGCCGCUUACGACGAGGGCCGCGGUCGUCUGGCCACCGAGCUCCUCAAUCACGAACCUCGAGCCGGCCGACAAGUCCCACUCCUGCUCAGCAUGGAAGAGGACGAGGUGGCCCUAGACAAGGCGAUCGAGAGUGGUGACACGGACCUCGUCUAUUUCGUCCUGCACACGCUGCGCCGGAAGCUUCCCCUAGCCGCCUUCUUCCGCACCAUCAAUCACAGACCCGUGGCAACUGCGCUGGUCGAGUCAUCUGCGCUUCGCGAAAAUGACAGCGCUCUUCUGAAAGAUCUUUACUAUCAAGACGACCGUCGCCUAGAUGGCGCCUCAGUCUUCAUCCGGGAGUCUUUAGUCCAGCCGGACAGCCGGACAGCCUCGGACAAGCUAGCCCUGGCGGCCAAAUUGUUGAGUGACAACAGCAAAGAGAACGCAUUCGAGCUGGCUGCGGCAAAGGAGGCAGUGACGCUCUUGAGGAUGCAAGAAGCUUUCGAUCGUGACCUGACUGACACGUUCACGGGACUGAGCGUCAAUGAAACCAUGUUUAAGCUGAUUCGGCUGGGCUACAGUGGACGAGCCAAGAAGAUCCAGAGCGAGUUCAAAGUGCCGGAGAAAGUGGCCUGGUGGAUUCGUCUGCGGGCAUUUGUCGCCAAGCGCGACUGGAAUGAACUGGAGGAUAUAUCGAAGCAACGGAAAAGCCCAAUCGGGUGGGAACCGUUCUACAACCUCAUUCUCCAGGCGGGUAAUCCUCGACUCGCCUCUGCCUUCAUCCCAAAAUGCACCAACCUUGAGCCGGGUGCCUCGAUCACCAUGUACGAGAAGUGUGGCAUGCGUGUGAAGGCUGCGGAGGAGGCCAUCAAAAUCAAGGACCAAGAGGCCUGGUUGAAAUUGCUGGACGCUGCUGUGAACCUUGAUGGCCCAAUGGAGGGUGUCCAGGGCCGCGUCACUGGUGACAAGAAGAAGACGGGCCUGAUCCGCAAGUACGGGCUCAACAUGUCCAGGCAGGCGUUCCGGGAGAACGCGGAGGCAAUUGGCUUUAAGAAGUACCGGUGA